CCCCCCACCCCACCCCCCUCUCCUCUCCUCCUCCUCUUUUUUAGAAGCAGCGAUCGGAGAUGGAUGUCUCUCUUUGCCCAGCCAAGUGUAGUUUCUGGCGGAUUUUCUUGCUGGGAAGCGUCUGGCUGGACUAUGUGGGCUCCGUGCUGGCUUGCCCUGCAAAUUGUGUCUGCAGCAAGACUGAGAUCAAUUGCCGGCGGCCGGACGAUGGGAACCUCUUCCCCCUCCUGGAAGGGCAGGAUUCAGGGAACAGUAAUGGGAACGCCAGCAUCAACAUCACGGACAUCUCAAGGAAUAUCACUUCCAUACACAUAGAGAACUGGCGCAGCCUGAACACUCUCAAUGCCGUGGACAUGGAGCUCUACACUGGACUCCAAAAGCUGACCAUCAAGAAUUCAGGACUCCGGAGCAUCCAGCCCAGGGCCUUUGCCAAGAACCCCCACUUGCGCUAUAUAAACCUGUCGAGCAACCGCCUCACCACACUCUCAUGGCAGCUCUUCCAGACGCUGAGUCUUCGGGAACUGAGACUGGAGCAGAACUUCUUCAACUGCAGCUGCGACAUCCGCUGGAUGCAGCUGUGGCAGGAGCAGGGGGAGGCCAGGCUCAACAGCCAGAAUCUCUACUGCAUCAACGCCGACGGCUCACAGCUCCCCCUCUUCCGCAUGAACAUCAGUCAGUGUGACCUUCCUGAGAUCAGCGUGAGCCAUGUCAACCUUACUGUUCGAGAGGGUGACAAUGCUGUCAUCACUUGCAAUGGCUCUGGAUCACCCUUGCCUGAUGUGGACUGGAUAGUCACAGGGCUGCAGUCCAUCAACACCCACCAGACAAAUCUGAAUUGGACUAAUGUACAUGCCAUCAACUUGACACUGGUGAAUGUGACGAGCGAGGACAAUGGCUUCACCCUGACAUGCAUUGCGGAGAAUGUGGUGGGCAUGAGCAAUGCCAGUGUUGCCCUCACUGUCUACUACCCCCCACGCGUGGUGAGCCUGGAGGAGCCUGAGCUGCGUCUGGAGCAUUGCAUCGAGUUCGUGGUGCGCGGGAACCCGCCACCAACGCUGCACUGGCUGCACAACGGGCAGCCGCUGCGGGAGUCCAAGAUCAUCCACGUGGAGUACUACCAGGAAGGCGAGGUCUCUGAGGGCUGCCUGCUCUUCAACAAGCCCACUCACUACAACAACGGCAACUACACCCUUAUUGCUAAAAACCCCCUGGGCACGGCCAACCAGACCAUCAAUGGACACUUCCUCAAGGAGCCCUUUCCAGAGAGCACAGAUAUCUUUGACUUUGAGUCUGAAGUAAGCCCUACACCUCCUAUCACUGUGACCCACAAACCAGAGGAAGACACCUUUGGGGUGUCCAUCGCGGUUGGACUGGCUGCGUUUGCCUGCGUCCUUUUGGUGGUUCUCUUCAUCAUGAUCAACAAGUAUGGUCGACGGUCCAAAUUUGGAAUGAAGGGUCCUGUGGCUGUCAUCAGUGGUGAAGAGGACUCAGCCAGCCCAUUGCACCACAUCAACCACGGCAUCACCACACCCUCAUCGCUGGACGCCGGGCCCGACACGGUUGUCAUCGGCAUGACCCGCAUUCCAGUCAUUGAGAACCCUCAGUACUUCCGUCAGGGACAUAACUGCCACAAGCCAGACACGUAUGUGCAGCACAUCAAGCGAAGGGACAUAGUGUUGAAGCGAGAACUGGGCGAGGGAGCCUUUGGGAAGGUCUUCCUGGCUGAGUGCUACAACCUCAGCCCAACCAAGGACAAGAUGCUGGUGGCAGUGAAGGCCCUGAAGGACCCCACCCUGGCUGCCCGAAAGGAUUUCCAGAGGGAGGCCGAGCUGCUCACCAACCUGCAACAUGAACACAUUGUCAAGUUCUAUGGGGUGUGCGGUGAUGGGGAUCCCCUCAUCAUGGUCUUUGAGUACAUGAAGCAUGGAGACCUGAACAAGUUCCUCAGGGCCCAUGGGCCAGAUGCAAUGAUCCUCGUGGAUGGGCAGCCACGCCAAGCCAAGGGCGAGCUGGGGCUCUCUCAAAUGCUCCACAUUGCCAGUCAGAUUGCCUCAGGCAUGGUGUACUUGGCCUCCCAGCACUUCGUGCACAGGGACCUGGCCACCAGGAACUGCCUGGUUGGAGCCAACCUGCUGGUGAAGAUUGGAGACUUUGGCAUGUCCAGAGAUGUCUACAGCACCGAUUACUACAGGCUCUUUAAUCCAUCUGGAAAUGAUUUUUGUAUAUGGUGUGAGGUGGGAGGACACACUAUGCUCCCCAUCCGCUGGAUGCCCCCUGAAAGCAUCAUGUAUCGGAAGUUCACUACAGAGAGUGAUGUGUGGAGCUUCGGGGUGAUCCUUUGGGAGAUCUUCACCUAUGGAAAACAGCCAUGGUUUCAGCUCUCAAACACAGAGGUCAUUGAGUGCAUUACCCAAGGUCGUGUCUUGGAGAGGCCCCGAGUGUGCCCCAAAGAGGUGUAUGACAUCAUGCUGGGGUGCUGGCAGAGGGAACCACAGCAACGGCUGAACAUCAAGGAGAUCUAUAAAAUCCUCCAUGCUUUGGGGAAGGCCACCCCAAUCUACCUGGACAUUCUCGGCUAGUGGUGGCUGGUGGUCAAGAAUUCAUACUCUGUUGCCUCCUCUCUCCCUGCCUCACAUCUCCCUUUACCACCUCACAACUCCUUUCUUCCAUCCUUGACUGAAGUAAACAUCUUCAUAUAAACUCAAGUGCCUGCUACACAUACAACACUGAAAAAAGAAAAAAAAAGAAAGAGAGAAAAAGAAAGAGGAAAGAAAGAAGAAAGAAUGAAAAAAAUCUUGUAAGGCAGUUUGGCGUAUAUAUAUAUUUAUAUAUCUAAUUAUCUAUCUAUAUCUACAGAGAAAUAAAUACCUUCUCUAAUCCUGAGAGAAGCUGCUGAUACAGAAAACUAUAAAGACUUCAAACAACUCAGAAAAUCUUAAAUAUUAUUGACGCAAAUGAAAAUUCCCUUGACUUAAGCUGUGGCCAGGGUUUCUUCAGCUCUGGCUUUUUGGAGCAGGAGACCUGGACCACGUAGAAAGACAAUCUUCACUUUGGGAUGGGAGGAGCCAGGGUGGAAUCAAUUACUGCUGCACAUGCGUGUUACUCCUGUAACUCAGUAUAGGUGCAUACGCAGACUACAACUGUGCUCAGCAAGGAAAUGACACUGGAAGACCGGGGCCCUCAAGUUGGCCCUGCCCUUUACCUCCAUGCCCUAACUCCCUUUCCUCCACUUCAGGACAGUUUUCUGAUUUGUCCAUUCUACAAAGUAUAGUCCUAAUGCUUUUGGGAAUCAAUGAUGGCGCCUACGGGUAAACACUGAACACACAUCUCCCCCACAAAACCACUCAAGAGCAGACUUGGAUGUAAAGCAUGCUCAAGUUCCUUCCUAGAUUUGAAAGGGAUGUGUCAUUCUAUCUUCUGAACUUAAAGAACUGGACUUUCUGGACUUAACCACAGAAGAAAAAAAAUAUAUAUAUAUACAUAACAGCUGAAAUCUGAACCCUGACGAGGCACUGCCACCCAUCUUUCUAUCACUGGAAAGACUCCUUGACCCCACAUCCGGGUUUCAGGGCCCUUGGGCAGUUUUGCAGAUUAGGAAACAAGUUCCCUGUGUUGUCUGCUAAUGUAGACACAGCAGGCUGCAGGGUUCCAAUAGCCAGAGACUUAGUUGCUUACAGGCCAUUUUUAGGUGUGUCCCCAGGGUUCUCUCUGUUUCUCCUCUUGCCUUCCUAGCUCCUAAAGCCCACCUCGUGGUCCCUUCACUAAAUCCUGGGUGAACCCCACUACCAGGGAAGGAAUCCAGGUUUAGUGAGAGCCUGGGGCAGUGCUGUGUUCCAGGGAGGCCAGGCAGUGGCAUGGGCAAGAGCCAGCAGGGAAGAAUCCACUUGGCACCUGCACUGGGUCCUUGGCAUGCUCCUCACGUUUCCAGCCCCUGGAAGGAUUGAUGCAUCUGCCUUUGAGCUAUUGUGAAAAGGCAAGGACUGAGAAAUCGCUUUUGUGGGCUGGGGGUGAGGGGAGGAGCUGAAGCUUCUCUGGGAGGUGUCCAGUGAGUGGCCGAUGCCACAAGCUUGGCAUCUUAAUGAGGACUGGGCUCUGACCAGGGAGGGAAAAUGAAGCAACUGGACUGGGGCCAGCUCCCUCUGCCCCAGCACCAGGGGAAUCACUGCCUUCCAGGCUGCUGCCAAGGACUGCAACAGAGCAGAUCUCUGGGCCUCUCUGACACAUGACAACAAAAUGCCAGUAGAAGUCAACAGCCUAGCUGCACAGAGCCCUCCUGCUGGAGAGGAGGGAAUGUACCCCUCUGGGGAAAUCUGGCCUCUUCGCCUCAUCCCAAGCACAGAGCUACCUAAUGGACUGACCUUUUCCUGACUGAAGCCUCCUGGGAGCCUCUGACUUGUCCUUUUCCUUGCCCACUGAAGGGACUAUAUGCAACCUGGACACCCUGGUCAGCUGAAGGCAGCUGAAGUGUGGGCAUCCUUGGUGGGGGUUGAGGAUUGAGUGAUGUGUUUGCAGCUUUGCUUCUUUUUUUUAGAUCCACAAAUGUUUUUAUUCAAAUAGAAAAGAGCUGUGCUCAGAUCGUAGCCACGGUUGGGAUUCAGGGAUCAGUAAGGCUGCUCAGCUGGACUGGGAAAAGGACUCGGUAAAUUGGGAGUUCAGUAUAGGUCUUCUUGCUGUGCGGUGUGUGCCUAGCCCCUGAGGACUUUAGGGAAAAGUUCUUUGGAUUGACCACCUUAAGAGAAUCUUUUGUUAUCCUACAGCAAUUACUUCUCUGUUCUACAAAUUGCUCCACAUGAGGCCCUUGGUCAGUGCUGGGGCUGUGAAUGAUGGAUGGAACUGCACAGCUUGGUUUUGAUUGGGGUAACCAAGGGAAAGAUGUCUAGGGAGGGAAUGACCUGGGGGUGGGGGGCCUAGGGAAAAGUAUCUUCUGGUGAGAAGGGAUGUUCCAAGGCUCCUCUUGCUGCUCUUUUCCCUUAUCCUUCCCCAAAGAGACACAGUGUGGCUUUGGUCGUCUGGGCUGUGUGUUUCUAGAGCCUCAUAGUCACUAACUGGGUGAGAAGAAGGGGGAAAAUAAAUGGGUUGGCUGGUGAACAAUGAGGGGUGUGCUAGAGUUUUAACUCAGUGCACUGCAUCGUAGCCAAGUGAAAGAAGCCAAUUCCUUGGAGAACAAGGAGCAUGGAAGGAUACCAAACUUGUCAGCUUGCCCUUGUCUUAGUCCACAGGCCUCCACAUUGGCACUGGGGUUAUUAGUUUGCUGCGUCCCCCAUAAAUAUCUACUGGAUGGGAGAUUACAAGAGAGAGUACUGGAGACGGGGACUUAGGAAGACUCACUACCCUGCUGUCCUCUCUGUGUAGAGUAUACUUUACAUGUUAACCUUGACAGGUUAAAAUUAAAAAAAAAAAAAAGGAAGAAAAAAUUGAGAGUAAAGGAGGCAGAGCAUAGGGCUAUGGAAACUGGGCACUCUGGGGACCUAGGAGUGUGCAGAGUGCGUUUUUUUUUUCCUCCUGUACUGAGGCAAAACAAAUAAGACUCAGUUUACUGUGUCUUCAAAUUCAGGGGUACCCUGGCUAAUCUGCAACCCCCUUCUAGCUCUGAAUUCUUCAAUUCUAACAGUGUCUAAUUGCUGGGUCACUUUUUCUCAGCAUCACUCUGGAAUCCUGGGCCUUCUGGGUCUGCUGGGCCUCUUGGGCCUUGCAUAGUGGAGUGGAGUUGCUGCUGAGGAUACUCUUGGCUUGGGCUGGGUGGAUUUCUAGAAGAGAAGCCUCUCUUUUUUUGCACUCCUGACACAACAAGUGAGAGUCUGAAGUUUUUCUGAGACUACUCUAGACUGGGGGAAAACAUUUGGUUUCCUUCCCUAUCCUAGCCUUCUACCUAGUAGAAAAGCAGUAUUGAAGGUCUAUUUAUUUAUUUAUUUAUUUUGGAAGAGCCUAAUGUGGUUAAAGGAGUCUUGAAACGACAUCCCGUCGGCCAAUAUCGCCUCUCUUGUCUACUCCAUCCUCCUCUCCCAUACCCAAAUAUACACUUUAAAAGACCAUGCCAGAUCAACUCUGUCAACUUAGCUUGAAGCCAGCUUCUUUGUAACUCUUGGUGAAUGUUCCAGGGAGCCCAGGCUGAUCACCCUGCAGUGCCAUCCUUAACCUGGUCCCCCCUGGACUGAGUGAAAGUGACUUGCUGUUGGUGGUCCACUUUGGAACAGGGUGCCAUGGCCAAGGGUCCACUCAAGAACCGAAUGCUGCUCUCUAGAUCUUGGAACUGUGAGUGGACCUUGGGGGUCACUAAGUCUCCUCAAGUCAACAGACAAAGGACUUGGUGCUUCCUCUAUCAGCAAAUCAUGCACAUGUUAUCCCUGGAAAGAGGCUGCCCACUGGAGGUAAAGGGUCCCUAGUCCUUCUGUGUUCAGGCUGAACAUUAAUGUUCUUCCCUGGUGAUACCUACUUUGCGGAAUACACUAGUGCAAGUAUUUCUGGUGCUAAACACUACAGAAACCAACACCAACAGAAGAGUCGUCAGUCAGUUUCUGGGGCCGGGUGAGACUUCACUUAGAAGAGACAGUCAGUCAGUCAUGCCAAGAGUGUACAGAAUACAUCAGGAAAGACCUGGCUUUGUUCUUAGUUUCCCAGGAGACUUUGGUUAAAUCAGCUGAUUUCUCAGAUUACCAAAUUUUCCAUCUGAGACCUUUAAGAAAUUGGAAUAUAUAUUUUUAGGGUUCAUUUCAAUUUUUUUAAAAAUGUGGUUCCAUUUGCUUUUGCUUUUUCAAGCUUGUUUGUCAGGAAUAAGAGAGAGAAAAAGAAAUAAGAGAGAAAGUGAAGGUUUUGAAGGGAGAGGAAGAAAAGUUACCAGUAGCAAGAAAUUGAUUAUAGAAGGGAAAUAGAAAAGGUUUAAUGACUGGUAGGUUUGAGGGACGUUGGCUGGGAGAGCCAGGCAUACAAGCCAUGACCCAAUGUUUGUACUCUACCAAGGAGGCCACCUUGCACCUGAUACACCUAUUUCCACCCCACACGGGCACACCCAAAGUUGACAGAAACUAUUCUAAGAUAUGAAGAUAGUCCUGCCUACCUUUCAUUCAACCACUAGCAAUCUGAACUCUUGAGUCAAAAAACAAGAGGUUUUUAUCUUUAAAUGCUAAUUGUAAAGGAUUAAGGUGUGGGAAAGAGGGUGGGAUUGAAGUCUCAGACUCUUUACCCAAGUCCUUUUUCAUUCAGGAAUGAACUAUUGGCUUCCUUGCUCUCCUUUUCUGAACCAAACAACAAUAGUAUGGUCUUCACUCUGAGACUUAGUCAGUACAAUGAAAAAUCUUGAAAUCUGGGAUCCUUCCAGUGCUUUUCUGAGAGUCUGGAGCAUAGAAAUGUCUAUAGAUGAUUAUUGAAUAGGCCCAUAUGCCAGCAAUCCAGAAAGCUGCCUUGAGAUGCCUCUGAGAUGCCUAUUGUUUGCUUUGGUUAGAAACCAACUGCUAGAAUACUCAAUGGUAUUUGUCUUAGAACAAAAAACAACACCUUUAGUCUAGGCAUUGAGUGCUGUAGUCAUUGUGGUUUUGGUUCCUUGAGUUCUGCUGCCUCUUUGAAUUCAAAUAAAUUCUUUCAGCCAAUGCUUAAUACGUUCUAAAGGGAAAUUCCAAACUUUUGCAUCAGUAUUAAAACAUCAAGAUAGGCUUCGAAAAUCUUUCAAUUGCUUGAAAACCCCCAGAGUAUCUUCUUAAGGGACAUAUAGGCAUAUACACAUUGUGUGCUGUAUUGGAUUAGAAUGCCUUCAAAGAAGGCCUGCUUGGAGUCAGAAAACUGAUUCUAAUUUGGGGUUCUCUUUGCAACUUAUAUUUUUUAGGAAUGAGAAAUUCAAAGAUUGACUGGCAUCAGAGUCAUUCAAAAAGGUUCUGUUGGGAAGUCUGUCAUCUUGUAAAGUUUGAUCAUUUUCUUGUUAAGUUUGAUCAUUUGGUGCUCCCUGAAUUAAAUUAUGUUGACAGUAACAUUCUGAGCAUCUGAAAAUCAUUCUCUCCUGGUUGUCUGAUGGAUCACCACAAAGGAACUGUUUCUACUGCAUCUUGAUUGGGAGUUGGUAGUGACGUCACCAUCUCUGCAGAUGACAGGACAGAGAGACUGAGAUGUUGAUAACUGAUCAUUCUGAAAAGCAUUGCUGCCAUGUUGGGUAUGGUGAAUAUUUAUGUGACUGCACUGAGUGUUAGGACUUUUGCUCUGCCCAUGGGUUGCUCUGCCCUGGGGACCUGAAUCUUGGCUUCUGUUUGUCUGGUGCUUUCUCCCCAAACACAGGGUUGUUUUUUUCUUUUUUUUUUUUUUGACUGUCUAUAAAUUGUUUAUACGUUGCCACUUUCUGUCCCAAGUCUCAGUGAGCCAAUGUAAACACUUUUCUGUGAGCUCUGUGGAGAUUGAAGGCUUCUUCAGAGUACUUGAAAUUCUUUUUUUUUUUUUUUUUUUGAAAUUCUUGAUCAAAGUACUGAGAUUCAGAUUUCCCAUCCUUUCAGUGAACUACUAGAUUCCAAGUUUUAAACAAGGCCUGGUUUUAUAUUUACUAUAGGAGAUGAUGUCUUAAGUCAGUGAGCUAGGUUCUCUCCCUUUCAUAAAGAGUUGGGACGGUAACUUCUCUUAAUGUUCUGAUCACCCAGGAAUCCAUUGCUUUGUGUGUAGCACUGUGGUCCAAACUCACAGUUUGUAAGAGAUACUUCCAACUGACAAAGCUAGAAGUUCUAAUAGAACACACAUUAGGAUAACACAGACAAGAAAAGGCCUAUUGAACAUCUUCUCUGAGAAACAUGUAGACACCUGGUCUUGCUUUUUCAUUUUGCAUUAAUAAGAGAAUUUGUUUUCUUUUAAUUUGAGGCAAUCAGAAAUUGAUACAUCCUAUCUUCAGGGACAAAGGUAGGUUAAGAGCUCAGACAACUAUUGUGUAUUCUGACAUUCUUUUGGAUGCAGAAUUCACUAAACCCAAUGAGAAAUAUGAAUUUUCAGUCCUAAAUCUGAUAAUUAUUCUUUCAUUUAAGAGGAGUUCAUGGAAGUCACCUUUAAAAAUCUGGAUCAAUAGUACGACAUAUUCACUUCUUUUUCUUGGAGAUAUGUCCAUAUUGUAUCUGCAUUCAAUAGCCACCUGAUAUUUACCCAGUCCCUGAGGACCCACCUCUGGAAUGAAAAAAUAAACCUGGUCUAGGUGAUUUGAUUUCUGCUGUCCACAGUACAGAAGUAAAUUUCAGUAGAGAUUUUCUUUCAUUUUUCUUUUUGCUUUUUCAUUUUCAUUUAGUUCUUAUCCUCCUGUUUCUAUGGGACAGACAAUCCAGUUUCUCAAACUCUGUAAAAGUCUUAAUACGAGGUGAAUCCCAGGACCACAAACAGUUUGGACUUCAAACCGUGAGAAAAUUGGCGCCGAAUGAUUCGGCACACAAAGCAGAAAACUUUCAUUUCCUUCAGGCAGGAUGGAAUUGACUGAUAUAUUAAGACUUCUGAAGGAGCCCUGCCCUGGAGUAAUUUCAGUGCUGUCAGACAAUGUUGACAUCUAGAUUAACCUCUGUGCAGUGAAAUUUACUGCAAAACUCAUUGAGAUGCAUGUGGCAUGUCUCUGUAAAUCCCAUCUGGAGCCCUUGGUGGCCCACCCUCAGCAACCAUCCCCCUCUUCCCUACCCACCACUCUCACAAUCCAUGAACUUCUAGCCUCCAGAAGAGGGGAGCCACAGCUGGGGUCAACCCCAAGAGAGGGAGCUUUGACCUUUCUCUGACCAUGGUGCUGAGCCAGGCUUUAGUGCUUGGUCAGAGUGACAGUGGUUGUCAUCAUAUGGGUUUUCCCCUGAGGGGACUGCACAUCAAGGCAUGAAAACCACUCCUCUGAUGACAAACAGUUUUGCAGCAUAUCUUGAUGCUGCACAAAGUGAUGAAAUGAUUUAUAAAGAAUUAGUGUGACCUAAGUUGGUUAGCUCCACUCUGGAUCCCCCAAUCCUUCAGGGCUUCAGGGUUUGAAUGCAACAAGGUCAUGACCACAGUCAGGUGUGAGGGAGUGGAUACUGAUGGACAAAGGCCUCGUCCUUUUGGCAGGGGUUUCCUUUGGCCCUUGCAGGAAAGGCAGCCUCAACUCCUUUUUUUCCUGUGUGGCAGAGGAUGCAGCUAUCCUGUAAGUGCUAACCUGUGUUUUCUCUUUAAGGGGUGUGGGCUACAGAAUGAAUAAAACCCCUUAUAAUUCACUGUGUGAUGCCAUAUUAAGGUGCAGCAGCCAGAUGAAACUUCAAAGCUGAGAUCAUGACUUCUCUGCAAACAUAGGCCUUUACUAACAUCAAAAAUUACAAGAAAAGGCCUUCAGCUUAUUAUCAGCCACCUUCAAACUCAGUGAAGUUGCUCAACAUGAUCACAGACAAUUUUGAAAAUUUACCUGAGGAUUUUAGAACAGUUUACCCAAAAGUCUGGAGAACACAUUUCUCUGAAGUUUUUCUUCUUCUGAUUCUCUUUCAAAUUACGUUUCCGACUUUGCUGUGUGUCUUUAAUCUAACAAGAAUCUCCUCAUAUAUUCUUAGAUAUUUCUUUAGAAGAAUUGAAAAUUUCCAGCUAAGUACAUUGUGUUUAUUGACUGGGAAAAUAGAUUUCUGGACUUAAGUAAUUUAGCAAUCGUAAGAGGCAGUCUUGGCUGUUUAAAAGCAAUUAUCUGAGUUGUGUUUUGUAUUAGAUUCUCAAACUCACAUAGUACAAACUACAUUCAUCUUUUUAAUUAUUUAUAUUAUGAUACUUGUUUACAUGUAUAUGUACACAUACAUGCACACAAAUACUUCAGUGAUUCUUUUGGUAUUCAAACCACAAUGUCCCAUGUUUGUUGCUUCCAUUGAUCUCUGUGUGCAUGCAUGUGCAAAUAAAUGUGCACCACCUGUGAGGUUUCUUAAGCCUAACUGCAACUCUCCUUAUCCUUUAUUAUCAAUUCAGAGCCUUUCACUUUCUGCACUUUGGAUUGUUUGCAAAGCUAAUUUUUUUUUUUUUUUGAGACAAAUUCCUGAUUUUCUCAAAAUCUUUGUAUUUAAAGGCAGGACUACUUUUAUUUACGUAUUUAUUCUUUUCAGAAACAAAAACCAAACAGCUUUGAUUCAGAUUUGAUUUAAUUCAUUUUCUGGGGAGGAAAAGGGUGAUGAAUUUCUGCCUGCAUAAUAACUAUGAAUUGCAAACAUAAACGCCCAUCAGUUUUAGCUGAUUGGUGGACCUGACUUUGGGCUAAAAUAGUUACUCAGAUAGAAAACUCAAAUAUUCCAGUUGAAUUACAAUGUGAAGAGAAAGGGUAAGUGUGGGGUACAGGAAGAGCACUGGGCUAGAAGCAAGCAGGUUGGAUUGGGUGUUGCUGGGCGAGGUAGCUGUGCAUAUAUCACCAAUUUUGUGGAGCGUGGAGCACAGUGGGAAUGUCCUUAGUUGAAAGCCUGCAGCUAGGAGCUGGUUGCAGGCCUAUGCUGUUUCUCUGAUUGCAGUGAGGGGGCAAACCAAUCUUUUUCUUAUCCUGGCCUGGAUUACUUAGCAAUGAACUAUAUCACAUCAAGGUUCCACCUAGAACAAAUUUCCAAAUAUCUCCACUCUGAAGACAGACAGUCAUUUUUGUCUUAUGUUCAUUUUAUUUCUUGCACCUCUCCCUUUUUGCAGCUCUUUCUUUCCUUGUCCCUUUCUAAAUUAUGCACUCUUUCUGUCCUUCCCUUGCUCCCCACACAACCCCUUAGGGGUCCUAUCUCUGAAAACCCUAGGAGUUCAUUUUCUUCUUCCCUAAUGUGAGCAUCACCCAGGCUUGUGAUUUAGCCUUGUUUUCUGCAGUAGGAAGCAAGUUUGUUCUCCAGCCAUCCAUCAGUCUCUUUCCAGCUCUAUGGACCAAGUGAUUAGCUCCUCAUUAAUACCUCAUCAGUUGAUUUGCACAAGACUCUGGGACAGCGAUGUUAUUAUUAUGCCGUAGUCUAUAUAUUUGAAUUCAGCCCAUCCUUUUGGGUUGGUUAGGAAAGGCAAAUCUUCCCACAAUCAUUUUUCUUCAAAUUCCUCUCUUGUUUUCUGACUGUUGAAUAUUCUGAUAAAUGGCAGACCAUGGUUUUCAUUUUUUUUUUCGAGGCUUCUACAAGUGUGGGUCUCUUAUAUCUCUGUGGAUUAAGAGCUCCACAUGUCAGCCAAGUGGUUAUCUAUUUAAUGGAGUGGAUGUAAUAUUGACACACGGAUGUGGAGCAGCAUCCAAAUCUUAAUAGGUUUUUUCCUUCAAUUAGAUGAGAUAUUUACUGUGAUAGUACCAGAAAGUUUUAUACUGUCAGAAUGGAAUCGAACUUAAAAUGCUAGGGAACAAUGAGGUAGGAGACAUCACCAGAAGAGCUGGGAGACGAGACCUUUUGUUCCCCAAAUCAUUAUGCAUCAAUUGAUGCUGCAAUUCUGCCCCUUCAAUGACUCUGAAAAACAAAAAUCGCAUUUACUAUUCAAAACAUAUUUACCAUGACUGAUCUAACCCUUAUUUAUGAAAAUACCAUUUCCCCCCUUGUAACUCUGGGUGUAGUUUAAUUUUAUUUCUUUUUCUUGUCCCUACUAAUAUUUUCAAUGAGAUUUCUAUUUUUUCCAUUUUUUUAAAAAAAAUUUCCUUAGGAAAGACUUGGGGGUCUAUUUGAAAUGCUGUCGAUGAUGACAUGACAGAUUGAAAGUGGUGGGGUGGGUAAGGAGACCAGGAGGCAGACAUCUUGUGAGUUCCUAUUUCUCUCUGAGUGAUUGUGGAAAAGUCCUGCCUCCUCUGUGCCUCAGUUUCUUAAUCUACACACACACAAAAAGCCGUACUAAUAACCUCCUGCCUGUCCCAGAGGGUUAUUAUGAGCCCUAGAUGAGAUCCUGGUUGUCAAGGUGAUCUGUGAGCUGUCCAUGGCCUCACAGACAGAGCUUGCCCCUUGGGUGGCUAAGUGUGGCACCAUCCUGCUGGGUGCUAAGCUCGGAGCCUCUUUUGAAGUGUGUUGUAUAUUGAGGUGCACCCUCCUGAAAUCCCUCCUGGCAUCUGGUUUGUAGAGGUUUUGUCAUUAGCAUUUUCCCCUUUGAAUCACUAUUGAGCAUCUGGUGACAGAAAAUGCCUUUAAAAAAAAAGUCCAAGUAGACAUGGAUAUUUUAUUCAUUUGUCUCUGUUGUUGAAAAGGAAAUGUUCAUAGAUUUUUAUUUUCAGGCUUUGAAUCCCAAACAUUUUGUAGUAAAAUGGCACCUCUUUUUCCUUUUAACUCCUUAACACUUGUUUUUGCUUUUUUUUCCCCCAACACAAUGCUUUGGAGCAUAAUUGUAUGAAGCUUCCUCUAUCAAUUGGAUUGUGAGGCUAAUAUGGAAUGAUUAUGACUUUGAAGCAUUCUAAGGCCAGUGGCUCAUACAUGGUGAAGGACCUUAAGUGGAAAGAGCUGCUCCAGUGAAGACCUAAUGCCAGACCACUCUUCUAAUAGCCCUGAGCGUAACAAAUAGGUGUGAGUAGGAUUCCCACAGAGGACCAUGUCCGACUGAAAAUAAAACCCUAGGUAAUAAAUCCUGAGACUGGAUUGCUGAGGUUAUAACAGUGAUGUCAUUCACAGCCCCUAAAAAAAAAUCCCAGGUGUUUGUGACACCACCCACUAUUUUAAGUACCUUGCAAUGGUAACUACUUGGCUCGUUAAAUUUUUCAAAUGCUAUUUACCUUCAAAUACCAAUUAAUCAGGUGUAAUUUAUCUGACAAAAUGCUGUGUACAUUUUUUUUCUCCUUAAAGGAUUUUGACCACUGAAAGAGAAAUCAGAAUAAGCCUGAGUCUCCAAAAUCCUAAGGAAGUCAUAAAUGUUUCACUCAAAUUCCUCCUAUCUCAGCUUCUCUCUUCUAUCUUGGACUCCAUGUUUGUUUUUUUCUAGACAGGAAAGCAACACCUCUGUUCUGGACCUCUGCCUGGGUGAUUUUCCCCUGCAGUUAGUUGUCCUGCAGGCAGAUAGUAUUCCAACUACCUUUGAAAUGAGAAUCCAAAUUGGGUUAUGUUUUUAAAUUAUGUGUGAGAUGAAGAAGGCAAGCCAGUUCAGUGUGAUGCUUCAUAAUUCAUUCUGAUAAUCUUGAAGAGAUGAGCUUCUUCAGAGCAGUGUUAAGGCCUGCCCUGAACAAGCUGUUUUACUGUGUAACUUCCAAGAGACAAGACUGAUUAGUUAAGGAUCCCAGAGGUAUCAUCUGAGCAAUAGCUCACUGGAUAUGGAAAGUUUGAUCUAAUAUUUUGUAGGAACAAUGGAACCUAUUUUAGUGCUGUUUUCUUUUCCGUCUCUGAAAGCAUAGCCUUUGGUGUGUGUGUGGGGGGGUACUGGGAUAGCUCCUUUCCAAGGCUAAAGAAGAUUGAUUAUAAUUCACAUCUAAAAGCAAAGUCUCCCCUAAGCCCACUGGAGCUGAAGGCAAUUCCAAAAUGACCUGUGUCAUUUUUCUGAUACCCUACUGUAUCAAAAACCUUCUUUAUUAUGUGUAUGGGCCACAGUGGGUUAGCUCAAGGGAAUUCUUGAAUAAAAAUAAAGAGAAAGCAAGUUAGGGCAAGAAAAUUCUCACUUUGAGUGUGAGAAGAAACAGCAGUGCUGUUCUCUCUGACAAAACUUGUGUACUGCUCAGGAAAGAGUCACGUUCUUUUUCAAGAUGAUUUCACUUCUUGAGCAGUGUGUGUGUGUGUGGGUAGGGGAGAGGGAGAGGGGAAAGAGGUUGGAAGUAGGAAGCAAUUGUUGAUGAAUUUAGACUCUCUUGAGCACAGUAAGACUCUGCUCAGGUUUUCUGAAAUUAUGGUUGGAGAGGAAUUCAGAGGCCCAUGUUUUGCUUCAAGGAGAAGUUUUAUCCAUAUAUUUCCUUGAGAAACAUUCAGUCAUUGUGAACCAAAUCAAGCCUAUAUUUGCAAUUGGUAUCAAGAAAACAAAACCAGUAGGCAGUGCCUGUAGACCCUUAUUCUGCACCUGUUUGUUGACUUCUUUUCUAAAGGGGCAGGGCUCUUGAUUUGUGUGAUAGAAUAUGCCAAUAGGGCUUGAAGGGAAAUGUGGUUUGAGUGAGCUUCCCCAUCAGAAUUUUGGCAGUGCUAAUUUUUUCCCACAGGAAUAGUUUCAGGGCUUUCUUUUUUCUUUUUCUUUUCUUUUUGAGAUGGCACAAAAACUCGACUUUUGGAACAUGUUUGAAUGCCUGUCACCUAGAAUCAGCUUCUGCUGAAAGACUUUUCAGUCUGACAGGCAGAGUUUCAGGCUUUGCCCAUCCCAGAGUGUAAAUUCUGCCAUGAUUCCUUGUUAUCUGUCUUCAGCACCAGGGACAGCAAACACGCCCUCAGCUCAACCAAGGCCUUCUAUCCUGAUGGAAUUUCCAGAGAAGGGCAGACUUCUCCUUUACUUCUUAUCCACUGAAACUUAACUUGGAAGAUUUUAUUCUUAAGCAUAUUUAAUCCCAAAUCUGGAAUAGCUGUUUCUGUCAUGUUCUUGAGCUGGUAUCAAACAGAGUUUGGGCCAAUGUCCUGACUCAGAGUAUUGAAAAAACACUUAGCUCACAGUGGAGGGCACACUUUUGGAGAGGAAUUCCUUGCAAAAAGCCUUUAUAAGGAACCGUUGAUUUGUAAAUUUUCCAAUAGGAAAUUGCUUAUUGGACAUCACUUUUUAAAAAUAUGCAUAUUUCCCACAUAAGUUCAUGUUUGAAUGGGUGUGCAUAUGGAGACGGUAUUUCAUAGUGGUUGAGCAGAAGCUAGGAACUUUGAGGAUAGAGAAGGACUCAGUGAUGCUAUUGUUAGAAGGAAACUCGGGGAAGGACAUUGCUGUGAAUCUCAGAAUCCACUUUUGAUCCCUGAGUGCUCUUCGUCAGCUGUUCUUGCCUUAAACAAUCACAGUAAGACUGGUCCUUAUGCCUGUCACCAGGCCAGAAUGGAAGGGGUGCACUGGAAAAAACAAGGCAGCAGAAGCACAUGUCGUUCCUUUGCUUUGUGAUUAGCCAAGUUUCAUAUGCCACAAUGCAACAGAGCUCUCAUCUCAGAAGCAGCAUUUUCUUCCCUUGAUCAAUCAGCAGCACUGCUACCCCGCUUAUGUCAGGAUGGGCCUUAUGCUGGGAAGUCAAGGGGGUCACUGCAGGUUUCAUCUUAAAUGCUGCCUUAUACUUCAGACAUGUCAGAUAUAUCUAACUCCAUCUUGGUGGCAGCUGGAAUACCCAAGGCUCUGACUGCUCUACCAUACCCUCUUCUUACUUCCUCUGCUCCUUCAGUGUUGCUUAUCAUAAUUCAUAACAAUCAGUGCUAGAACAUCAUGAGAGAUUCCUUCUAAUAAUAAAUGAGGUAGUAGAAGCAGGCCAAAGUACAUCUCAGAGGAGAAAUUUCAAUGAAACUGUGAUUUUUUUUUCUUUUGACCUUGGACUGGGUCUGAGGAGAAGCUCAUUUCCCUUGAUUCCUUAUCUUCUUGAAUGAACUUAAUUUGCUGUUCUUAUUUACCAUGCAGAAAGGGGCAUGGCAUGAGUUUCUCCAUACUAUUUGUAUGAGGACUUCUGAGGGAUAGGAUCAAAAAUUCUCUACUAGAAUUUUUUGUCUUUUGAAAUAAGGGAGUUGGAUUUUAUAUUUAAAUCAAGAACAAUCCUAUUUGAGGAAGGAUAUGUAUAGAAAGAACCAACAGCUAUAAGAAAGCCUCAUAAAGGAGAAUCUUUCCCUAGUAUAGAGAGGAAGGAUUUGCAAACUCACCAUGAAUGGAACAAGUGAACUGCUAGGCAGUGCAAAGGUGGUCCAAAACUGGCAAUGGAGAGCAGGCACAUUUAGAAAUAGAGGUGAUGCCAUUAGAAGCCUCAGGAGGGAACAGGCCAGAGAAUGAAAUCCUGUAAAAGUUCUCAGUACUUUUUCUGGAAAAAUUCCUAAAGUUUUCAAGGGCACUUCUAGCCCUCUGCCUCUUCAGAGGUGAGCUCAGUGCUACUUCUGGGUUCUUAAGGCAAAUGCCCUGCAAACACCAAAGUCUUGUAUUUUCCACUCUUGGCCAGCACUGGCUGUCCUGGGUGGGAUUUUUUUCCCUUCCCUAAGUGAAAGGGACUUGUUUUCAGGAGAAGUGUCCUUUAAACAUCCAGCUAAAACUGGAAGUAAUUUUUUGCAUGAAUGGCUUUUUACAGCUAGGUCUAAAGCAGAACAAAACUUGUAUUAAACUAAGUGCUACUUUACAUAUCUUAUUUCAAGGGAAAUGAAGGAUUUAUUGCUGUGUAAAUGAUAUACACUGAUUUCUUUCCUACUGGACAUUACAUGUCCCUUUAUCUCUAGGCUGAUGUUGUGCAGCAAACUUUCAAUAUCUGGAAAAUCAGCUGGUACCUACUUCAGUGCACUAGUAAGAUAAUUAUGUUCUCAGAGAGGAAUUUUGCAAAUGAAGUUUGGGUGCUGUUGUAACUGAUUUCCAUGCCCUUUCCCUAAGCUUUCUGUACUAAAUAUCUGUAAAGUGAUUAUAUCUUGUCUGAUCCCAUGCGUCUGUGUGUAUUUCCCAAUGUUUGUGUAAAUAUAUUGGCAAUCUGAAGAGUUAGUUGGAUUAUGGCAACUGCAGAACAACAAUGUGUAUGGCAUAUGGGACACAUGUGAUAUGUAUGCAUGCCUGUUCCUGGGCCAAGCUAAUCAAAUCCAUGUUGGCUUGGGGAAAGUUUAACAGUGGGUAUGGUAUUGCCAAGCCAUCAUUUAUUGGUGAAGACCUUGACAGAAGAAUUGCGUUCAACUACAACUUAUGUCAUUUACUUUAAUCUCAAUUGAUUAUUCCUCAGUUUUCUUUUAUUAUACAUACAUUCCUUCAUGACACUUGUUCAUUUGAUUUCCCCCCCAGGCCACUGGAAAGUGCUGAUCAUAUUUCUAUACUAUUGUUUGGAUCUCAAAGUUGUUAAUAUACAUGAUUACCUUUUUAGUAAAAUUGGUUUAACUUAUAGUACCUUUUCCUUGAGGUACUAUUUCUUCCAUUCCUUUUCUUGAUAACAAAUGAAUCCAUUGGUUGUGCUAACUUUAUUUGCAUCCUGGCAAGUCUUGGGGAACUGAUCUAGUUAAAAUAAUGACUACAUUUGCCUUUGGAAAAUAGGUUCAUGGUCUAAGUAAAACUUGUAUGGGAAGGUGUCCUUUAUGCCAAAACAAACAAACAAAAAGUAACUUGGUAAGAUGGCCCCAGGGUAGAGGGGAUGUGCUCUCAGUUGAUAUUAAAGGAUGUGUUGAAAAGGCAAGUGCCCACCCUUUCUCUAUUUCCCCUCCCACCCUUCCUUCCUCCUCAACCUCAAAAGAAAACAGAAAAUUAUUUUUUUAAACUGUAUUAAUAAUUUAUGUUUAAUACAAAAGGAUGAUUUAAUGGUAUCACCAAAGGUCAUUUCUUCCAUUGUGCAUGUCCUUUACUCUCAGCCCCGCACCAUCAUGCCAUUCUUCACCCUCACACUUUCAUCCCAAGGCAAACACGUGUCUUCAUCAGAAUCUAUGGGUGUUGGAGUUAAAUGUGGGGGCAGAGAUUUAAUACCUUGACACUAAUGAAAACCAACCAUUCUUCACUUUCAAAUGGUCUAUUACUACAAGAAGGCAAACUCUCUUCUUGGUUUUUGUUUUAAAACAUUUUAUACAUAUAUAUGUAUAUAUGUGUGUGUAUGUAUGGAAAUAUGUAUGUAUAUGCACAUGUACAUGUAUAUAUGUAUAUAUCCAUCUCCAAUAUAAAUAUAUCAUAUGUGAGAGUUGUAAAUACUCCUUAGUCAUAUGUCUGUCUUCCUCAUAGUAUCAUAUCUUCAAUGUUAUGUUAACAACUCCAUUUAUUGAUUGAUGAAAUUGUGUGUAAACCUGUAUCUUCCUGACAUAGUUUAUGUAGGGUCUCUUCUCAAAUAAAGUAUAAAACAACAA